UCUCUCGGCAAGCAGGUGAACAUCAACCCGCCGCUGAUGCUCGGCCAGCUGCCCGACACCCCGGAGGAGCUGCUCAAGCUGGACCAGGUGUUCAUCAAGUCCGAGCUGAAGGUGGGCGUGAUAUACGUGAAGGAGGGCCAGUACACCGAGGAGGAGAUCCUGGACAACAACGACAACAGUCCUUUGUUCGAGGAGUUCCUGCAGAUCCUGGGCGACAAAGUGCGUCUCAAAGGUUUCGACAAGUACAAGGGGGGUCUGGACACGGUACACGACCUCACGGGCUUGUACUCGGUCUACACCAACUGGCGAAGUAUAGAGAUCAUGUUCCACGUCUCCACGCAGCUGCCUUAUGAAAAACACGAUCCUCAAAAGCUCCAGCGAAAACGCCACAUAGGUAACGAUAUAGUGUGUGUUGUCUUCCUGGAAGCUGACAAUACUUCCUUCUCUCCGGCGUGUAUCAAGUCCCAUUUUUUACACACGUUUAUUUUGGUUCGAACGAGUCCUAGGAUUAAAAGAAAACCUACCAGAUACGAGGUGUCGGUGGUGACGCGGGACGAGGUGGGCGCCUACAAGCCCUACCUGUGGGAGCAGUCUGUGUUCGACAAGGGACCCAUGUUCCGCGAGUGGCUGCUCACCAAGAUCGUGAACGGCGAGCGAGCCAGCUACUCGGCUCCCAAGUUCGCGCGCAUGCAGGAGCGCACGCGCAGCCAGAUGCUGGAGGACAUAGUCGCCAACCUGGCCAACCACGCGGAGACGGGCCAGAUCCCCAAGCCGUACCGGCGCGGCUCCUGGCGCCCAAUAGGCCACAUGCGGCCGUCCAGCCCGCUGCUGGACUCGGUGCGCGACCAGUUCGAGGACUGCGACCAGCUGGCCAAGGACUUCACGCGCAUGUUCCUCAACAACGAGACCAACACCGUCACCAACGCCAGCCUCUUCGACGUGGUGUUCAUGGUGGGCCAGAGCAAGCAGAAGAUCAAGUUCAUCGGCGUGCGCGCCAUCCUCGGGGUGCGCAGCAGGGUGUUUCAAGAGAUGCUGUACGGCAUCUCGACGGGGUUCGGGUCGCCGCAAGUGCCGGUGGCCGAGCUCUUGGCCAGGGCUGUACCCACGCUACACAGUCCUCAGAAGCCCAAGAGCAGCAACUUCCUGCAGGUGCCUGACAUCGAGUCCCCGAGGCCCAAAAGUGUGCCCAGCUCGCCCAUGGUGAAGCGCGCCUUCUCUCGCCUGGGCAACAUCACUGCCGGCUGGGGCCGCUCCAUCCGCAAGCAGCACUCCCACCUCACGGCCGACGACAAGAAGAAGUGGUCGUCCUCGCAGGACUGCUCCAAUAAGGACGGCAAAGACAAGGAGAAGGAUAAACCACAGGUGCCGCAGUUGGCUGUACCCCGGCUGAGCGUGUGUGCCGAUGUGCAGAAAGUGGACAGGAACAAGCUGGCACAGACAGAGUUCCCGAUAAUCGAGUUCGACCCGGAGACGUUCCGCAUCCUGCUGGACUACCUGCACACGGGCUCGUGUCCUCUCACGUGCGCCAACAUCCCGGGCCUGAUCUGCGCCGCAGAGCACUACGACCUGCCCGAGCUGCUGCAGGCCUGCUUCCACCACGCCAAGCAGUUCCUGCGCAUCGAGGUGGUGUGCGUGAUGCUGUGCUCGCUGGAGAACUACUACUGGCGGUACACGUCUGCGUCGGAGCUGGUCAACAUGAUCCUGGCCUUCGUGGAGACUCGGGCGUACCAGUUGUUUCAGAACGAAGACUUCUUGACGCUCUCCGAGUCCAUGGUGCAGAUGAUCAUGUGUCGCAACUUGGAGGUUCCGGAAGUGCGCAAGUUCGAGUCCAUGUUGAACUGGGCGCGCCACAAGAUCAAAACAAAAACGUCCUCCAAGAUGGAUGCCAAACUCGAGUUCAAGUGUAUUAUGGAGCGCCUGUCCCGCGAUCUCAAGCUCUACAGGAUAUCGCCUCAAGAGCUAAUAAAGGUUGUACUGCCAAGUAAAGCAAUCAAAAACGAGCGCAUUUUAGAAACGCUGAUGUACCAAGCGAACUCCGGCAUGUACCGCAUUCAAGACAGCUAUCUGGAAGCGUGCCAGCAGAGGCUACAGAAGCAAGACUCGAGGUUCAGCGAGUGGGAGUCCUUCGACUACGGUCUGUAGGUGAUAACAACGCAGGUUUUACUGCUGUUUCAUACAUAACAUAAAGCAUCUUCAACAAGAGAAGUUUACACGAAAAUAUUCCUCCUGCCCAACAUACAAUAUGGCGUAAAGGAAUGGAACGUUCUGUAUCCUGAGUGCAUGCAGCAAGACUUGGUCCAAGCUCAAGCUAAUGGAGCCCAGCCCAGCUUCUGCACAGCGCAGCGUGCAUGCACAAACAAGUGUGACCGCACACACAUCUCUGAUACCAUCGCAACUUACAAACAAACAUUUUGAAAUCCACGGCAAUACAAGUGCUGUGUAUUAUUUUGUAAAAAGGAUCAUAAACUUGUUUAAAUACAUGUUUCACAUGUUUAAAUAACAAGUUUAGUUUCUACAGUAUGAAAUAAGCCAAUAACCUUUUUGAAUAUGCACUUUUCACACCAGAACCAACAACAAAUAUAAUUGCAUACAACCUAAUACUGCAGUAAGUCAAAAAAUUAACAACUUUUGCAAUAAAAUACAGAAUAUAUACAAACCCAAAAA